ACCCAUUGAUAGCAAAAUCGUAAUAUUCUGUCGAACCAUAAAGACAACUCACCAAGUUGCCGAAGAGAAAGGACUCCACUGUAGCAUAUUGCAAGCAUCACCUCAAGAUUAACACUCUUGCUCCAGAAGACCUCAAUUCUUCAAGAGGAAUACACCGAAAUGGCGGAAAUUCUCCGAACAGUUGUCCUUCGUGGUCAACACUUCGCCCAAAUCGCUCUCGGCGCCUACGGUGCCUACAUCUCCUUCCAAGCCAUCAUCCGCCUGCAAAAGUACGAAUCCACCGCCAAAACCCUCGCCGAUUGGUCGAGCGAGGCCGGUCGACAGCUGCAACUUACCCGGACGACACAAGGAGCUGGUGCCAUUGCGAUCCUAUCCUCCCUCGUCUCGUCUGUAACCCUUGCCUUCCUCCCGGACGCUCUUCCCCAAUGGGCGCGCUACGGCCUCUCGCCCACGAUGCUGGUCAUCAUCAUCGCCGCGCGAACGCACAUGAAGAACUACUGGGCGCCGCGGGACGGACAGAGCGCCAGCAUGAAAAUUCCAUUGCCGAAGAUGGGAGAGUAUAGCGAGGCGACGCAACAGACGGAGGAGCUGCUCAAGACGUUGCAGUUGUUGGAGUAUUCAUGGUUGGCGGCGGCGUUCUUCCAUGCGGUGCUUUCGUGAGUGAGGAUUUCUUCUCUGUAAGGAAGCUGGGGAUUUUGAGAAUUGUGAAAUGAAUUUCCGGGAUUGAGGGAAUGGACUGGCGAGAGUAUGCCUCAACAAGAACGCAUAGCGCACGUAAAAUAAGAUGAAUUGAAGGAACAGAAAUCAGGGUAUCAUUGAUGAAGAAUCCUGCCAAAGCGAAGGCGAGGACGAAGGCGAGGAAUAAUAGUAAUAGAUCACAUCGAAAAUAGAAAACCAUGCACAAUACAGC